AACUAUAAAUAAAGAGCUUGAGCCCAAAACAUAAAGCAUGUUGAGAGAGGGUAUUUUGGUCUUUCCAGAAAGGAAAGGCGCCAUUUUGAGUGUUGUUGCGAUCAAAUCAGAUGGAGAUGGAGAUGGAGGACUUGAAUUGGAAGAAGAAGGGCACCAUGUCAGUGAUGGGAAGCAGGUACAAGACAGAGCUUUGCAGGAGAUUCAUGGCGGGCACCUGUGGGCUUGGCUCAAAAUGCAAGUAUGCCCAUGGGCUUUCUGAGCUCAGAGGAGGAUGCCCUAAAGUUUGCAGAAUGUUCUCUCAGUACAGAAACUGCUCCUAUGGCCACACCUGUCGCUUCCUUCACUCAUCAUCAACAAUCACCACCUCUCACUUCCUUCAUCAUGCUCAACCACCAGAAUUCAGGCCAAUGCAAACAACAAGUGCUACAAAUGCCUCAAGCAGCAUAUUGGCAACUGAUGAUGAUGAUGAUGAUGUUGAUGAACCACCACCAUGCAGAGUGAAGUGCAUUUUCAAGGAUCAUGAACUCCAAAGGAUCAGUCGCAUCUAUGCAGAUUGGAUCUAAAACUAACAACAGUUUACUUUGCUUUUAGCCUCACCAGAAUUGCUAUGAGGAUAUGCUUAACUAGCAAGUAUUUUGUGCAUGUAUGAAUACUCAUUUCUUUGUAUAAAGCCUCACAAUUUAGUACACUUUAUGUUCUGUUAUAUACAUACCCCUUUAGAUUCUAGCAGAGCAUACUUCAAUGUAUUAGCUCAAAAGAAGAAUGGAAUGUUCCACACAAAUUAUAUCAAGAAUUAUUAUAGAUGA